AUGAGAACAAGGUCGUGCUCGGUCUUGUGCCGUGCAACAACAUCCCGAGGUCAUAUAUUGUCGCCUAGGCGGACAUUCACAUCGUCGUUGCGGCCGCGCCUGCGUACGACAGAGCUACUGGACUUUGGCCUGACGAACUUGAAAGUCGACUCGGACCGACUAUGGGAAACCAUCCAUUCUACGGCCAAGUGGACGGAUGUGUCAAGGUCUCCAUCCCGUGCCGACGAUAUCAGAACGGCUGGCCUCUCGCGGCUCACUUUGAGCAAUGAGGACAAACAAGUCAGGGACUGGUUCGUCCAGACUACCGAGUCUCUGGGCUGUAAAACCUUUGUCGACCAGAUCGGCAACAUUUUCGCCAUUCGCCCAGGACUCAGCAACGAUGAUGUCCCCGCCACAUUUGUCGGAAGUCAUCUCGACUCUCAGCCGAGCGGGGGUCGAUUCGACGGUGUGCUGGGUGUCGCAGCCGGGGUCGAGAUGCUAAGAGUCCUCAACGACAACUGGAUUGAGACCGAGGGCCCCGUCGGCGUGGUCAACUGGACCAACGAGGAAAGCGCCAAAUAUCCCAUCAGCAUGAUGGGAAGUGGAGUUUGGGCCGACCGCAUUUCUUUACAGGACGCGUGGGAUGCGAGGAGUGUGCAUCCAGGCUCACCAGUGACAACGGCCAAACAGGAGCUGGAGCAGAUAGGUUACCUUGGGAGCGUACCGGCCAGUUAUAAGGACGGGAUUCGAUUAGGUGCGCACUUCGAGAUCCAUCUUGAGCAAGGCCCGAAGCUGGAAAUCGCACGACAAGCAAUUGGCGUGGUCGAGGGCGUCCAGGCGUACAAGUGGUUCACGGUGACGAUCACCGGACGAGAGUCGCACGCUGGGACGACGGACUUUUCGAACCGGGCUGACGCCCUGUACUCGGCAGCAACAUUCAUCACGAUGGUCAGAGAUGUGGCGAAGUCUCUGGGGGGACUUGCUACCAUUGGAAUGCUCACCGUGUCUCCAAGCAGUGUGAAUACUGUUCCCGGCGAGGUCAAGUUGAGCCUGGACAUUCGACAUCCCUCCGACGAAGUUCUAGACAAAAUGGUGAGGACGAUCCAAAGUGAAUCUCAAACGUUAGCAUCUGCUGCCACAAAUACGGCCCAAGGAAGACACCAUCUGACUAAGAUUACCAUUGGCAUGAAGGAAGACUUCUCCAGCAAUGCCGUCAAGUUUAGCCCCGAAGCCAUCCGUUGCGUCGAGCAAUCUGCUGCACACUUAUUGGGUGACGAAACGAAGAUCAGGCGAAUGACAAGCGGCGCCGGACAUGACAGUGUCUGCACCAACAUGCAUUGUCCUACAGCCAUGAUAUUCAUUCCGUGCAAGGAUGGAGUCAGUCACAACCCUAACGAAUGGUGCGAGAAGGUGGAUUGUGCGACUGGUGCAAAUGUGCUGUUGCAUUCGGUCUUACGGAUGGAUAAAUUGCGGAAAGGCAGGGGAAACGUUGGGUAG